AGUAACAGUGUGCGAUGGAUUUGUCCAGAGGAGUGUUGGCUUAAUUUGCCUGAAGAACGAUAAAUUUAUAAACGGUGAAGAUUCGGACGGCGGGCGGGCGCGCGCACAGAGGGCUGCGCACCUCCGCUGCACAGCGCGAGGAGAGAGGAGCGAAAGGAGGAGCAAAAUAGAGGAGCGGAGCGCCACUGCAGCGGCUCUCCGACAUGGCGAAAGAAGGAGCGGAUAAAACCGAGGAGACGGAGUACAUGAUAGAGAAGAAUCCGGGGAAGGAGACGAGCAGCGCCGACUCUGGCGCCGAGGCCAGAGACAUGCGCGCGGUGACGCUGUCGGGAUUCGGAGGUCUCAGCAAACUCAGGGUGACCAAGAAGGCGAUGCCCGAGCCGCAGGGUGGCGAGGUGAAGAUCCGCGUCAAAGCGUGUGGCAUGAACUUCUUGGACCUGAUGGUGCGCCAGGGUACAAUUGAUAAUCCUCCAAAGCCUCCUCUUGUCCCCGGAUUUGAAUGCUCUGGAAUAAUCGAGUCAGUGGGUGAAAACACAAAGGAAUUUGAGAUCGGUGACAGAGUUAUGGCGUUUGUGAAUUACAAUGCCUGGGCGGAGGUGGUUUGCACACCGGUGGAGUUUGUGUAUAAGAUGCCAGAGGAAAUGAGUUUUGCAGAAGCUGCAGGGUUCUCCCUAAACUUUGUGGCAGCUUACAUGAUGCUGUUUGAGGUCGCCAAUCUGCGAGAGGGGAUGUCAGUGGUAGUCCACUCAGCAGGAGGUGGUGUUGGUCAAGCUGUGGCUCAGCUGUGCUCCACUGUGCCCGGUGUUACUGUCUAUGGGAUUGCCUCAUGUUUCAAACAUGCAGCCAUCAGAGACUCCGUGACUCACCUCUUCGACAGAAACGCUGACUACAUACAGGAAAUCAAAAAGAUCUCCCCUGAUGGAGUUGACAUCGUGUUGGACUGUCUGUGUGGAGAAACCACAGGAAAAGGCCUGAGUCUGCUGAAACCCUUGGGAACGUACAUCCUCUAUGGUGCGUCAAACAUGGUAACUGGGGAAACAAAGAGUUUCUUCAGCUUCGCAAAAUCUUGGUGGCAGGUUGAGAAGGUGAACCCUAUUAAACUGUAUGAGGAGAACAAAGUCAUAGCAGGAUUCUCUCUCCUCAACCUCCUCUUCAAACAGGGGAGAGGCAGCCUGGUGAAACUGGUCAUGGACAAACUCCUGUCACUCUAUAAGCAAAAGAAGAUUAAACCAGUAGUGGACUCCCUGUGGGCGCUGGAGGAGGUAAAAGAGGCCAUGCAGAGAAUCCAUGACAGAGGAAAUAUAGGGAAACUCAUUCUGGACGUUGAAAAGUCACCUACUCCUCUGAUGGCCUGUGACAGCACAGAGACCAGUGAGGCGGGGGAGGAGGAAGAGGAGCCUGAGGGAGACGACAGUAAGGAACGUAUGCCUUUCAUCCAUUAAAGCCAGUCCACACACAGCAACACGCCUGAAGAGGCCGCACAGAGGAUCACCACGACACGCGCGCUCUAAUGUGUUUGUAUUUAUUGUAUGGAUGUGUGUCUUUUUGGUGUGUUUGUGUCUGUUACCUAUUAUUUCUUAGUAAGGUGUUCACAUAAAUUUAUGCAUAAAUGAAGCUUUAGUGCUAUUUUUAAGAAACAGUAUUAUUAGUAUUAGUUUAUUAUGAACUAAUGUAAUUCCAGCCAAUAGUGGGAAAUAUUUUGUGUUGACGUUUUUCGACCGCUGUUUCGAAUUUUAAGUGCAGUAUUUGGUUGAAUUAACACUGGAUUGAGUGCACAUGUAAACUUGCUGAUUUGCUGUUCCUGAUUUAAAAUUACUGACCCUAAAAAUGUUAGUGUCAUAUUGCAACAGGUAUAAUUCAAGUUCAUAUUCAAGCACUUGAAAAGUACAACAUUACGUUGUGCCAUGUCCUCAGUGAUGGCGCUUUUAAUAAUGAUGUGAUUUUAUUUAUUUAAGAGUGAUUUAAUUUGGUGGUGUUUUUUACAGCCGGAAGAAGUACAGUAGUUGGUGAGUAGAUAUUUGUAAGUCAUUUAUUCUUCUGUGCCAACCUUUUAUUAUGAUGGGAUCACCAGUGCCUUUGAGCUACAAAAGCUUCACCACACACAGCGGUUUCAUACUUGAAAUGCAUUUAGUAUCGCUUCCUCUUAUGAUUCCAAAGAUGAAAAAAAAUAAUAAUAAUUUUAACUGGAAUAUGAAAAUGGAUGUCUUUAGGCAAAUUACUUAAAAAUCAUUUGGAGCC